CUUCUCUUGUGUUGUUGUGUUUGGGUGUUUCUUUCUUCUAUUACCUCCCCCGUUCACGUUGUGCAACACCGGGAGCACAUCCGAAUUUUCGCCGCAAAAUUCGUUAGUGCAGCUUCAUCUUCUUUGCGUCCUUGAUUCGAUCGGGUGUCUGGAGGAACCAUGAAGCGGAUGAUCGUAGUGAUGCAGUUGCUACUAGUUACGGUAGAUGUAUGAUCUUUGGAGUAUUGGAAAGAUAGAGAAUUAUGCUUUGAUGCGGGUUUAAGUCUAAAAAGGUGGAAGAAACAAUGCUCGGGAAUCGAUCCGCGGAUUUUAGUGAGAAUGGGGAUGAUGAGAUCAUUAGACAACUAUGUGCAAAUGGGAUUUGCAUUAAAACAUCUGAAGUUGAAGCAAAGCUUGAUGAAGGAAACAUCCAAGAAGCUGAAACUUCUUUGAGAGAAGGCUUAUCUCUCAAUUUCGAGGAAGCAAGAGCACUUCUUGGUAGAUUGGAAUACCAAAGAGGGAAUUUAGAAGGUGCACUUCGUGUCUUUGAAGGUAUUGACCUUCAAGCAGCUAUCCAGCGAUUACAGGUUUCUGUGCCUCCUGAGAAACCUGCUACUAAGAAAAACCGUCCCCGUGAACCGCAGCAAUUAGUUUCUCAACAUGCUGCUAACUUGGUCCUUGAAGCUAUCUACUUGAAAGCCAAAUCCCUUCAAAAACUUGGGAGAAUAACCGAGGCUGCACACGAAUGCAGGAGUGUUCUUGAUUCUGUUGAGAAAAUAUUUCAGCAAGGGAUACCAGAUGCUCAAGUGGAUAACAAACUUCAAGAAACCGUUAGCCACGCAGUUGAACUACUUCCUGCGUUAUGGAAAGAGUGUGGUGACUAUCAAGAAGCAAUAUCCUCUUAUAGACGCGCGCUUUUAAGCCAAUGGAAUCUUGAUAAUGACUGUUGUGCAAGGAUUCAGAAAGAUUUUGCAGUCUUUCUUCUACAUUCUGGAGUCGAAGCGAGUCCACCGAGCUUAGGUUCUCAGAUGGAGGGCUCCUACAUACCUAGAAACAACUUAGAAGAAGCCAUUCUUCUUCUAAUGAUUCUUUUAAAGAAGUUCAACCUCGGGAAAGCUAAAUGGGAUCCGUCUGUGUUUGAGCACCUUACCUUUGCGUUAUCUUUAUGUAGUCAGACCUCGGUUCUCGCCAAGCAGCUUGAAGAAGUAAUGCCUGGUGUGUACAGCCGUAUUGAGCGUUGGAACACUUUGGCUCUUUCCUAUAGUGCAGCUGGUCAAAACAGUGCUGCGGUUAACCUUCUUAGAAAGUCUCUGCACAAACACGAACAACCUGAUGAUCUUGUGGCACUUUUGUUAGCUGCUAAGCUUUGCAGUGAAGAGCCUUCUUUAGCUGCAGAAGGUUCGGGUUAUGCGCAGAGAGCUAUAAACAAUGCACAAGGUAUGGAUGAGCAUUUGAAAGGCGUUGGUCUGAGGAUGUUAGGACUUUGUUUAGGGAAGCAAGCUAAAGUUCCCACGUCGGAUUUCGAAAGGUCUCGGCUUCAAUCAGAAUCAUUGAAAGCAUUAGAUGGAGCUAUAGCUUUUGAGCACAACAAUCCUGAUUUGAUCUUUGAGUUAGGUGUUCAAUACGCUGAGCAACGGAACUUAAAACUGCUAAGCUUUGCAGUGAAGAGCCUUCUUUAG